AUGCCAGCCGCCGCUGAGCGCGAUGAACGUGGUGCUUCGGGGCUUGAAUCGUUUGCAAAGGGAGCAGCCCUCUCAGCAGCUGGUCUAGCGCUGGGUGAUACCCUCUUGCACCAACGACCUCGCAGCCGCUCGACAUCCCCUCCAGCCGCAGACAAAACCGCCCUCGACUUGGCCCCGAAGUCCCAGAGUAGACCCUCCUCCCCAGAAGCCACGCGAAAUGCAGCAGCAGGAGACGACAUCACUCGAGGCCGCAGCCACUCCACUGCACGAUCCAUUACCGAGUCGCCCACAGCAGUGCCCCUGCACUUCCGUCGUCCACCGCUAUCCCCGGGCCUCUCGCGUGCCGUGCCAGUCGCAGUCCCAACGACAGAAUCACCGCCCCCAGCCGCACCCUCACCAGGAUCGCCCACACAGCGCCAUCGCCGCCUAAACUCCGUCGAAUUCCGCAACUCGCGUGAGAUCCGUCCUCUAUGGCUCGUCGAGCGCCACGGCUCAAGUAAAGCCGAACCAGAAGUAGACGAGGCCCUCCCCUCCCUCCCCUCCAGCAAAACUACAUCCCGCGCCCCAUCCGUCGAAGACCUCCGCGCCCUGAACGAGGACGAUGGCGUCCGCAGCUGGGAAAAUGUCGACCUGAGCCACGCCAUUAUGGAGAAUCGUCGACCUGGUCUGACCAUCUCCACUGACCACGAGCAGCAUGGCCGAGGAGACGUAGAUACGGAGCGAGACCUCGACGUGCUUGAUUCCCAGCAGGCAACGCCGACGGCGGAGGAUUUCGUGCACGGUACUGACUCGGCGAAGAAGGAGAAAUUGAAGUAUGAAUUCCAUUCUCCGUCGGAAUUGUUGCAGGAUCCCAGUUCGUUUCCGGAGAUCUCUUCGCCGACGGAAAAAUUGCCGUCGGCUGAGGGCUCGAUGGUUGGUGGUAGGGGUGAUGAUGAGGCUGUCGAUGCUGGUGAGAAAUCUCGUGAUCUUGGUCUCGAUCAACAUCGUGUUGAUGGGGAUGUGGAUGAUCACGACCUUGGAGAACCGGGUACUGCUGUUGAGGAACAUGGCCCUCAAAUAUUCGGUCCUGAAGAGACUGCCGUGGAAAGCGUGGCUAAAGAUAUCGUUCCUGAGGCUGCGGAGCUAGAGCAACCCGUCGACCCAGUUCAGGAGCAACCUGCUGCUACAGAGGAGUCGGUUGCAGAGGAGCCAGUGACUGCGUCUUCUUCGAAGAAGAAAAAGAAGAAGAAUAAGAAGGGGAAGAAGGAUCAGGCGAGUGAUAGUGUUGAUUUGCCUUCUGAGUCUGUUCCGGUUGUUGAGGGACAGGAUCCUGUUCUUGAGGCUGAGGAUCAAUCUCGUUCUGUUGAGCAUGAAGAGGCUCCUGCUCCUGUUGAAGAGGUUGCUGCUCCUGUCGAAGAGAUUUCCUUUUCCGCGCCUGUCGAAGAAGUCUCUGCCCCUGUUGAGGAGACUUUUGCUCCUGCCAUACCCAAGCCAGAGGCUGAGCCAGUUGAGGUCUCUAGGGAAAUUGAGGCUGAGCCUGUUCCCACAAUCACUGAGCCUGUUGACUCCGCUGCCACUGAGUCUACACGAGAGAUCGAUAUCUCUUCUGUCAAGCCCGCGGAGGCUGUCCUCGAAGAGCCCGUCGUUGAGGCUGAGCCCGAGCCUGAAGUCCCCAUGACCGCGGCACAAAAGAAGAAGGCCAAGAAGGACAAGAAAAAGAAGGCAAAGGGUGGCUCCAUUGCAGAGCAGGCAGAAGCUACAGUCCCGGAUAUUGCUCCUGAACAAUCUCCUGAGCAGGCCCAAGACCAAAAGGAACCCAUUCUUGAACCUGUCCCGGAGUCUGCCCCCGCUAUUGAGACCGAGUCUACGGAGAAGGAAAUCCCUCAAGAUAUCAACAUCCCUGAGACUCCAGCUGCCGCCGAAGAAAUACCCUCUGACACCCAAGAGACUCGUGAAAUUGUCGAAUCUGCUGAAUUGGCUAUUACUGAGAGCCUUGGGCACGAUGUUCCCAGUGUCACUGAGCAGCCGGAGCCAGCCGCGGAGGAUGCCGAGAAGUCUACUGAAGGUCCUUUGUCUGAAACUCGUGAACUCGAAGAGUCGGAGCCCGUGUUCUCCGAGGCACAAGAAUCAACCACGCCCGAGCAAAAUAUCGAUACUGCUUCAGUUCCCGUUGAGUCGACAGACAAGACUGCCGAAUCAGAUGAAGACAUGUUCCACGAGACUGUCCAGGAGCAGCCUGACGUUCCCGCGGAGAUCAAGGAUAUUCCCUUCGACCAGCCAAUUGAAGAGCAGCCCACAGUUUCAGCAGAGCAACCCGAGGAGUCUAAGCCCGAAGAAGCAGUGGAAGAAGCAGGGUCAAAGAAGAAGAAUAAAAAGAAGAAGAAGAAGAACAAGUCUGCUGCUGAAGAGACGGAUGUUCCUUCUGAAUCUAAGCCUGCUGAUCCCGCUGAACAGGAGCAGAUUGCUGAAGAUGUCAAGCCUGAGCAACCUGCUUCCGGUGAACUUCAUGAUUCCCAGGACGUUGCAGCUGGUGUUGAUGUACAACCUGAGCUUGAACCUGAACAGCUUAGCAAGGAAAUUAUUGAGCCUUCUUUGGAGGAGUCUCCUGCUGUUCAGGAGCCCGAAUCUGUCCCUGCUGAUGUCGAGCCCACUCCUGAGUCCAUCGAUCCUGCUGGACCUACUUUCGAAUCUAUUUCGCCUGCCGCCGAGCCUAUCGAAACUGUUCCUGAGCCAACUGAGGUUGUCUCAGAGCCUCAGCCCACUGAGGAGACUCGCGAACUUCCAGCCGAGCCUGCUUCUGAAAUUGCUCCUGACGCUGAAGCUGAGGCUGAGGGUGAAUCUGAAGUUCCUAUGACCGCUGCGCAGAAGAAGAAGGCCAAGAAAGACAAGAAAAAGAAGGCCAAGCAGAGUGUUUCUUCUAUUCCCGAGGAAGAGAAACCUGCUGAUGCCCAGCCUGAGUCUCAACCAGCCGAGUCUGAGCCUGUUCAAUCCACAGAACCCCUUGAGCCUGCGGAGUCUUCUGAGCCUGUCGAGUCUGUUCUGCCAGUUGAAUCUACCCAGCCAGUCGAAGCAACUCCGAUUGUGCAGGAUUCCCCUCCUGUUGAAGCUUCAACCGAAGACAUUGCCAAAGAAAUCGAUGUUGCCCCUGACGCAGUUGUAGAGGAACUCGCAGCUGCUGAAGAAACACAACGCGAUUUGGUCGAGCCGGAGCAGCCAAAGGAAAUCGAACAGGAAGUCUCUGCCCCUGCCGAGAAGACCAAUGUUGACGUUCUUGGUGAUGUUGGGGAUGCUGAACCCGCCCAAGAGCAGCCCGUUGAGCAAGAACCCUCUGGCGCGCUUGAGGUGGAGGUCCCUAUGACAGCAGCUGAAAGGAAAAAGGCCAAGAAGGCAAAGAAGAAGCAGCAGAAAGAACAAGAAAACAUUGAGGUGGUCGCCGACGACGCACAAGCCGCUGAGACUGUGCCUGCUCCUGAGCCUGAGGCUGAAGCAGCCAAGGAAGCAGAGGCCGCCACCGACGCUGAAAUUCCUGCCGCCGAAGACUUUGCCAUACCCGCUGCUGCUGUCGAGGCCGAGGAGACUAGCAGAGAUAUCCAGCCCGAAACCGAAACUCCCGCUGAGGGGACCGUUGCUGAUACUCCUGCCCCCUCUGAAGAUGCCCCAGCCUUCGUUGAAACUCAGGAGGAAGAGAAGAAAGACGAGACUCUUCAAACCGAUCUACCUAAGGAAGAUGACUCCGUCAAUGUUUCCGCCGAGCCGCUUCCCGAAGUCCUAGAGACAAAGGCAGAGGCACCCGAAGAAGAGGCUCAAGCCCCUACAACUGAAGCUGAGCCCGAAGUGCCUUUGACAGCUGCCCAAAAGAAGAAGGCCAAGAAGGACAAGAAAAAGAAGCGUCAGUCUGUGGUUGAAGAGGAAUCUGUACCUGAGACAGAUCCUACUCCUGCCGAAAAGGAGACCGAGCCAACCACAGAAGCACCCGACGAGGAUGUCCCUGUCACUUCUGAAGAGAUCGCGCCUGAAGCUGUCGCAGAAUCAACUGAGCAACAAGUUGAAGCUCCUAUCGAGCCUCCUGCGGAUGAUGCUGCUCCUGCCAGUGAUCCUGUCCUUGAAGACGCAACUGCAGAUCCUACAGUGACCGAUUUCGCCAGCCCGGAUGUUCCUACCGAAAAAAUACCUGUCUUGGAGAAGUCUCUUGAUGAUAGACCCCAGGAUGAACAGGCUAUCGCCGAGCCUUCUCCUGAAGAGACUCCUAAGGCCGAGGAAAAUGUUUCGGAGGAACCACCUGUCGAGAGUGCCCCUGUUGAGGACUCUGAGCAGGCUUCUUCUAAAUCAAAGAAAAAGAAGAAGAAGAAUAAGAAGAAUCAGUCUGUUUCUGGAGAUGCCACGCCUGAUGUUCAGCCUGAGCCUGUUAAGGAGGAGUCUGCUGAGCCUACUGUUGAGCCCACUGCUGAGCCCACUGCUGAGCCCACUGCUGAGCCCACUGCUGAGCCCACUGCUGAGCCCACUGCUGAAACUUCCUCUGAAUCUGUCAUCGAGCCUGCUUCUGAGCCCAUUGGUGAAGCUUCUAACCUUGAGCCUGUUGCCGUCGACUCCAUUGUGCCCGAAGAACAAAUCGAAGUGUCUGAGCCACCUGUGUUGAGUGAAAUUGUGGAAGUUCCCCCCGCAACUGAAGAUGAACCCAACACGGAAGAGCCCGCUCGUGAUGAGGCUCCCAAAGAUUCUCCUAUUGCCGAGCAAGAAAGCGCCGAGGCUGAGCCAGAGGUCCCCAUGACUGCAGCACAAAAGAAGAAGGCGAAGAAAGACAAAAAGAAGAACCGCAAGUCUGUGGCCUUUGACGAGUCACCGGCUUCCCCAUCCGAGGCCCUAGCAGAAGAGACUUCCCCUGCCCCUCCUGCAGAUGUGGAAUCCAGCAAUGCACCUGCCGACGAUGGUGCAAGCCAAGAUGUCACCCAGCCAUCUUCGGAUUCUCUACUUGCCGAUGUUCCAGCAGACAGGGAUAUCCCGAGCCCCGAGGAGCCAGCUGUCGAUCAACCUGAAGUUACCCAGGAGAUCUCUGAGCCCGUGGUCGAGAACGCUGAGAACACAGAGAUAGUUGCACCGGAGCCGCCUCUGGAGACUUCCGAAGAUCCAUCGACCACUGUCCAAACCGACGGCCAAUCUGAGCCAUCGCCAGAAAGCCAAGUCCCUUCCGAUGACAAGCCCGCUGAAAGCGAAGAGCCGGCUAAGCCAAUUGCUGAUGCUACAUUGACUGCCGCCGAGCGUCGCAAGCUUAAGAAGAAGGAGAAAAAAAGAAGGGCAAGUCGGUCGACUUGA